AUGAAGAUUGAGAACCGCACGUUUCUCAUUUCUGGAGGAGCGUCGGGCCUGGGCAAAGCGUGCGCUCUUGAACUCGUCAAAAACGGCGCCAACGUUGCCAUUCUCGACAUGAACGACGAUGGAAAUGAACUGGUCAAGGACAUUGGAUCAUCUGCCAAGUUCUUUGUCUGCGAUGUUUUGAACACGGAGAGCAUCACCAAAGCCGUUCAAGGUACAGCUGAGUGGGCCGAGGCUUCGAACAAACCGAUUGGAGGUGUCAUUCCUGCGGCGGGAGUCUCGACCCCGGCAACGAUCCUAGAUCGAAAUGGUGCCCCAUUCAGCCUCGACGACGUUGACUUCGUCCUGGGCGUCAAUCUGCGCGGCACUCUGGACCUUGUCCGCCAAGGUGUCGCUGAAAUAGCCAAAACAGACGAGGGCGCCGACGGAGAGCGCGGCAUAGUCAUCAUGGUCGCUAGUUCCGCCGCUUUCGACGGCCAAAAGGGCCAGAUUUCAUACUCGGCCAGUAAGGGUGCUGUUGCAGCCAUGACGUUGCCCAUGGCUCGAGAUCUCGCGCGCCUCGGUAUCCGCGUGGUGACGAUUGCACCCUCGCUGUUUGAGACGAGAAUGACUAGCAUGAUGAGCGGCAGAGUGAGGAAGUCGCUGGAGGCUACAUUUGAAUUCCCCAAGAGAUCGGGACGGCCGGAGGAGUUCUCGGCGCUGGUGAAGCACUGCAUUGAGAACAUUAUGCUCAAUGGCACUGUCAUUAGGCUGGACGGCGGGUCAAGGCCGAGCAAGAUUUAG